UUCAAUCAAAGGGAAGGCAGAGGGAAGGGAGGCUCUGCGGAGAGAUGUAAGAUGGCAGAGCUACAAAUGUUGUUAGAGGAAGAGAUUCCGGCCGGCAAAAGAGCGCUUGUAGAGAGUUACCAAAACCUCACCAGAGUAGCAGACUACUGCGAGAACAAUUAUGUCCAGGCGCAGGACAAGAGGAAAGCUCUGGAGGAGACCAAAGCCUACACCACCCAGUCCCUGGCCAGCGUGGCCUACCAGAUCAAUGCCUUAGCCAACAAUGUUCUCCAGCUGCUGGACAUCCAGGCCUCGCAGCUGCGGCGCAUGGAGUCCUCCAUCAACCACAUCUCCCAGACUGUGGACAUCCAUAAAGAGAAGGUGGCCAGGCGGGAGAUCGGGAUCCUGACCACCAACAAGAACACGUCGAGGACCCAUAAGAUCAUAGCGCCAGCUAAUAUGGAGCGGCCGGUCAGGUACAUCAGGAAGCCCAUUGACUACACUGUACUGGACGACGUUGGCCAUGGCGUCAAGCAACAUGGAAACAAUCAGUCAAUCAGAGGAGGAACGCUAUCGAGGACCAAUCCGCCGACGCAGAAGCCACCGAGCCCUCCCAUGUCAGGGCGCGGCACGCUCGGACGCAACACGCCCUUCAAGACCCUGGAGCCAGUGAAGCCGCCGACGGUGCCCAACGACUACAUGACCAGCCCCGCCCGGCUAGGCAGCCAGCACGGGCAGCAGCACAGCCCCGGACGCACGGCGUCGCUCAACCAGAGGCAACGCACACACAGUGGAAGCAGCGGGGGUAGCAGCAGCAGGGAGAACAGCGGCAGCAGCGGUAUUGGCAUUCCCAUCGCCGUGCCUACACCCUCCAUCCCCAACUCUGGACCAGUCCCGCCCAUGUCCGCUCCCCCUCCUCCUCCUCCACCACCACCUCCACCACCCAUGGCCGGGCUCGGCCCCCCUGCACCACCACCACCGCCGCCGCCGCCGUUAGUGGUGGCCCCUGGGCCUGGUCUGGGCCCCGCUCCAAUGUCCCAGUUUGGAACCAUCUCGCGGCAGAUUUCGCGGCACAACCCCUCCAACUCCUCUGUCUCUAUGGUUUCGGCCACGGGCACCUACCGCCGGGCGCCGUCGGUCACUUCCCAGUUCUCCUUGCAGCAGCAGCAACAACUACAGCAGCAGCAGCAGCAGCAGCAGCAGCAGCAACAACAACAGCCUCAUAUUAAUGGAGGCACUCCUGGCUAUGGCCAGAACUCAAUGUCUAUCGCUCCUCCUCCUCCCCCCAUGCCCCAGCUGACUCCACAGAUACCUCUGACUGGCUUUGUGGCCAGGAUGCAGGAGAGCAUUGCAGAUACUCCCACUCCACCUCCCCCUCCGCCUCCAGAUGACCUACCCAUGUUCGACGACUCUCCUCCCCCUCCGCCGCCUCCUCCAGUUGAUUACGAAGAGGAGGACGCCGCCGUCGUGCAGUACAACGACCCCUACGCCGACGGAGACCCACAGUGGGCACCCAAGAACUACGUCGAGAAAGUGGUGGCCAUCUACGACUACACCAAGGACAAGGACGACGAGUUGUCUUUCAUGGAGGGGGCGAUCAUUUACGUCAUCAAGAAGAACGAUGACGGCUGGUUCGAGGGCGUCUGCAACGGCGUCACCGGACUGUUCCCCGGCAACUACGUGGAGUCCAUCAUGCACUACGCCGACUGAAGGGACCUCGCAGUAACAGUACAGUCUAUUUAUUCAGUCAUAUCAUAAUCCACUGAGAGACUGACCGCAGCAAUCUUUGACUCCUGAGACGCAUAGACAUAACUGUAUGAUCCACUUUUGAUAUGACAGAAUGUUCUUUCCCUUACUGAUUGCAAAUAAAAUGAAAAGUAAUAUCUAUUUAGUUUAUUUUGGUGUUAUAUGGGUGGGUGGGGGACAUUUAUGGAAUAUGUUUAAAAAAAAAAAAAAAAUUGGACUGCAUACGCUCACAACGGUUGAACUCAAAGACGAUGGUCACACAGCUGAAGGACGUACGACAUCAUCUCGCCUGGACAGAAAUUUUGUGAACAAAAGUAUUAGGUUAAAUGGAACAAAUGAAACAUUACCGUCGUGUAGACACCCGCAAGUGUUUGUACUGUCAGUUGUAUAUAAUGUGAGCUGCAGCCACUUGGGUUUAUGUAAUGUGAAUUCAGUGAAUGUCGAUCAUAUGAUAGUUUUCAUUAGUGGUGCCCUCCUCCACUCCGUGAGGCUCAUCUGUAAAAUGAAAUACAGAUGGCCUGUCGAUGAUAAACAGAUUUAAAUACUGUAUAUGGUAUUUCAAAGAUAAUUACUCCUGAAAAUCAGUCUUGGCUUUAAAGCAUGCAAAAUUUUAAGAGAUAUAUAAUGUAAUCUUAAGUUUAUUGCCAUUAUGCUUCCAUUAUGUUGUAAAUGUAUUCACCUUUUUAUUUUUUAUGACUGUUGAAAUCACUGAACUCUUUGGACGCUGAAGUGAAUUUCAGGCGUUCCCAUGGUCUCACCCUCCAAAUGCAGAUUUGCAUUUGAUUUGCAUCAUAAAAAUGAAAUGGAGUUUACUUUUUCAUGCAUCUUAGAUCUGUUUGAAGCAAUAGAACACAUUCCCCCUUUUUUUUUGGCUUAUCAAGAGUUUUUUAGAUUAUGUCGCAUCACUGUUAUUAACUUUCUACUAAUCCACAUGAAACCUGUAGGAUCCAGUGGUAACAUUGGCAAUAAUGGACUCAGACAGCGGGCGGUGUGCAGUGAUAAUUAGACUGGAAAUUGUCUUGCCUGACACUGCCAUGUGACAAUUCAGAUGUAACGUAGACCAAUAAACAACUCUAAUACCUCCUCAGUCUUCACCAAGCAACAACGACCUGCUCUGGGUUCAAGGACCAUGCUGAAUGCUCUGAACAUGAAAUCCUCUGGGCUGCACAGGUGUACAUAUUGUAACUAAAAUCAGCCAAUGAACAUUAGGUUUCACUCAGGUCUAGGAAUCGUCUUUAUAACAUUGUAUUUUUUUUCUGUUGGCCCAUGAUCGAAUUUUUUGACUUUCAAUUGCAUUCUCCUUCCACCGUUGACCAUUUCAGGCUACUGCAGCGCUGCCUUGAUAUUUUGCCCGUUUGCUUUAGUAUUUCCAAUUUAAAGAAAAAAAAAGUGUUCCAGCUUAAUUUCAUGGGUAGAAAUAUUGAAGUCUAUCCCUGUCUGCCCUUCAUUUGUACAUAUAAUAUGUUGAUUGAAAAGUUAAUGUACAGUCUUUUAUAAUAAACAAUUCUAU